AUGGCCACCACCGCUGACCAAGAUCACCCAAAACAUAAAAGCCUAGAAAUCGAGGAUGUUGAGCUCAAAUCAGCCGUCUACAACCCCAGGGCCCACCUCGUCCCCCGGCCAUCCGAAGAUGAAGGUGACCCGCUCAAUUGGCCGAUGAAACUGAAGCUCCUCAUCUUGUUCCAAGUCUGCUGGCUUGCUUUCCUUGGAACGUGGAAUACCUCUGUGAUCAACCCAGCCUACGGUCUACUAUCAGCAUCCCUUCAUAUCUCUGAGGUUCAAGCCUCCUACCAGACUACCAUUGCCAUCGCCUUGAACGGUGUCGGCCCCUUCAUUUGGAUCCCGCUAGCCAACGUCUAUGGUCGACGUUUCGUAUACUUGUUCACCACGCUGAUCGGCUUCGCCACAGCUCUUGGGUCUGGAUUCGCCAAAUCAUACGGUGCACUGGUCGGCGUUCGCGCCAUCAACGGCCUCUUCCCCGUAUCAAUGGCCCUCGGCCCAGCCACCGUGACAGACUUAUUCUUCUACCACCAGCGCGGCCGCGCCCUCGGUAUAUUCACUGUCAUGCUCAGUUCAGGCUCGCAUUUUGCGUCGCUGUUCGGUGGGCCCGUCACGGCGUUUGUGGGCUGGCGCUGGAUUUUCUGGAUCACCGCGGCCAUGAACUUUGUCACUUUGGCCUUUCUGGUCUUCUUCCUUCCUGAGACCAUGUACUACAAGCCUCGGAUUUAUUCCGAUACCAAUACGGAACCUCCAAAGCUGAGUAUGGCCAAGUAUCGCGAAUUGCUGCGGCCAUGGACCACCUUCGCAGGUGUCAAGCUCAGGGCUAAGCAUAUCAUCCUCCCAGCUUUUCGUAUGGGUCUUUAUCCAUCCGUUCUUUUCCCCAGCUUGUACUAUUCGGCGCAGUACUGCUUCACAGCAAUUUUCCCUGCUGUCACUUACGCCAUUACCUUUAAAGAGCGAUUUGGCUGGAAUGCCCUCCAAUGUGGCCUGGCGUAUGGAGGUACUAUGACCAUUGGUGCUCUUGCAGGCGAGCUUGCGGCAGGCAGAAUCAUUGACAGUAUCAUUCGGCGCGAAUCCAAGCGACUAGGUACAAAUAAUCCACCGCCCGAAGUUCGAUUCAGAGGUCUUUGGUUAGGUGCAGCCCUUGUACCAGCAGGUCUCCUUAUUUUCGGCUUCACUAUGUCUUACAAGUCUCAUUGGGCUGGCCCAUUGGCAGGCAUGUUUAUCGGCAUCUUCGGAGUCCAGAUCGUCGCGACAGUUUGUUACACUUACAGUAUCGAUUCAUACCGGGUCGAAGGCUCUGAGGUGGCUCAGUUCUUUAACUUCAGCCGUCAAACCAUGAGUUGCACCAUUGCAUUCUAUGCCGUGAAGUUGUGCGAUGCCAUCGGGUUUCAGUUUGCAUUUCUCAUGUUCGCCCUCGUUGGUAGUGGUCUAGCUUUUGCGCCUGUGGUUUGGCUGAUGUGGAAGGGAGAAGAUAUUCGUGAGAGAAUGGGUAGCCCGGUUAAUGUCAGUGUUGCCGAUGAUAUUAUUGCGGAUUACAGCGCGGUCUAUCAAAAUCAGGCCCGUGAAUAG